CCGCCGCCGCGAGCGCGUGCCGAGAACCCAAACACCUUGCUUCCCACGCCUUUUCGCUUCCGGAUUCGUUUACCAAUCCCGCACACGCCAAACACCUCCAUGUUCUAAACUUUUCCUCCCUCCACCUCCUAUAUAUGCAUCGCCACCCGCCAAAAAAUAACCCAUCGACGAUUCAGCUGCCCGCAAGCAAGCUCGAGAUCAGAGUGCCAAGCCAACAAACCACGAAAAUCCCAAUCCCCAACGCAGAGGAGAAGGCGACGAUGGCCGUGAGCAAGCAAUGGACGCGCGUGCGCACGCUCGGCCGCGGCGCGUCGGGGGCCGAGGUGUUCCUGGCCGCGGACGACGCCUCCGGCGAGCUCUUCGCGGUCAAGUCGGCGAGCACGGCGUGCGCGGCGGCGCUGAGGAGGGAGCAGCGCGUGAUGGCCGGCCUACGGUCCCCGCGCGUUGUCUCCUGCAUCGGCGGGCGCGGCGACCGCGAUGGUUCCUACCAGCUCUUCCUCGAGUUCGCCCCCGGCGGCUCGCUGGCGGACCGAGUGGCGAGCAACGGGGGCCUCGACGAACUUGCCAUCCGUGGGUACGCGGCCGACAUCGCGAGCGGACUCGCGUACCUCCACAGCGCCGGGAUGGUGCACGGGGACGUCAAGGCGAGGAACGUCGUGAUCGGCGCCGACGGCCGCGCCAAGCUUGCGGAUUUCGGGUGCGCGAGGGAGGCCGCCGCGGGCGCACCGAUCAUAGGCGGCACGCCGGCCUUCAUGGCGCCGGAGGUGGCGCGCGGCGAGGAGCAGGGCCCCGCGGCCGACGUGUGGGCGCUCGGAUGCACGGUGGUCGAGAUGGCCACCGGCCGCGCUCCGUGGACCGGCAUGGACGGCAACGCGCUCGCCGCGCUGCACCGGAUCGGGUACACGGAGGCCGUUCCCGAGGUGCCCCAAUGGCUGUCCGCCGAGGCCAAGGACUUCCUGCGUGGUUGCUUGGUCAGGCAGGCCGGCAAGCGGUGCACGGCGGCUCAGCUCCUGGAGCACGCGUUCUUGGCCUCCGCCGUCGUCGACGGGAAGCCGCAAGCCGUGGAGAGCAAGUGGGUGUCGCCCAAGAGCACCCUGGACGCGGCAUUCUGGGAGUCGGAAUCCGACACCGAGGAGGCAGAGCACGACAGCACGGCCGAGAUGAGGAUCAUGGCAUUGGCCUGCCCUGCGUCGGCGCUCCCGGACUGGGACUCCGACGAGGGAUGGAUCGACGUCCUCUCCGCGCCAACCGAAGCACCCGUGGCAGUUGAGGCGACCACCGGCCUGGACGACGAGGCGAUCAGAAAUGAAGAAGGAAGCGGCGCAGGGUCCCGCGUUCUCGCCAGUACCUCAGACGUGGAGCACAACGGCGAUAACGGCUUCCUCAAUGCGGCAGAAGCCUCUAACGAUUCAGUUAGGGAUCAUGAGUCACUGGAGGAGUGUUUCGCUUCUCACCAACCGGUGUCAUGUAAAUUGUUAUUGUUACUAAGUACAAACAGUACUAGUGUUUUGCAACAUAAAUCGAUCGACUUCGUUCCUUGCACAAACAGUGUCCUGCUUCGCGCCGCUCCUCUGUUCCUCCGCUCAUAUUUCUGCGCCCCAUUACGACGGGAUUGAUCGACGAAUUCCAAG